AUGAGCGCGUACGAGGACUCCUUUGAGGGUACAGCCUCUAGCUCCACGUCGAACUCUUCGCGGUCGCCGUCAUCCAUGUCGGUUAGAUCCGUGGCUGUGUUGGUUCAGCAGCAGCAUCCACCUGUUCCUAUGCCCAUUCCGGUAGCGGUGCAGGAAGGGCGGACGAACUCGACGGUCCAGAAAAAACAACCAUCAAUUGGCACAUCCUCAAGCCUCUCUGAAAAUUCUGCUGCUGCUGCUGCUGCUGCUUCUAUUGCUACUGUUACUACUGCUACUGCUGGGCCACCAGAAGAGAUGCGUGCCUCCCUUCUGAAUGCGUCGCCGGGGGCGCGAGACCCGUCGCCCUCCACUGACACACUUAUGUCCCACUUGGAGGUGAAGCAGAUGGGUAUCGACGCACCGAGCAAGGAGGGGUUUCAGCAGCUGGCGUCGUACGUUGCAUUUCCGGGGAGCUCGGAGGGUUCGGUGCGGAUAGGCUCUGCAACAACAGAGAGUGUUGUGAGGGCUGCGAUUGUGGCCACUGCUACCACAGAAGCGGAGUCGAAUGUAGGAGACGAAAAUCUUACGUCGCUUACUGCACCUAUUUUGGCGGAGCGUGAAGAUGUUGCUUCGCAUGCUGCAAGCAGCGUUUUUAGCACUCUCUCACAGCAUCUCGUGAGAGAUAAAGCGCAACGUGAGGAGCCCACAUCUGUAGUGCCCUUGGGUAAGGGUGCAGCAGCUACCGCAGUAGCACUCACCGUCACUAAGAAGGAUACGAAUGGCGAUACUAGUAUUGGGGGUUAUGGUUGCAAUGAUGCGGCUGCUGCUGCUGCGGCUAGUCCGGUAACCAUGGAGUCGCUGCCUCCAUUGCCAAGCAUCUCUCGCACAGAGGCUGUGCCCCAACUUACAUUCUCGCUUCCAGCUGUGGAGACAGUGCGGCCAACGCUGUCGCAGACGAGCAGGUCGCUGCCGCUUCCCGCUGUGGAGCGUGUUCUCGCUGGUGUGCCGCCGCCGCUGCCGUCGCGGGACCCAAUGCAGGACCCGAAAAUCAUAGAGCUCCGUGAGACCUCUGAGGCGGUGGAGCGGCUUGUGCGUGCCUUUGCGUUGCUGCGUGGCCACGCUCCUGCUACUGCAGCGGACCUCCUCGAUAAGGCAAAGGAAACAGAUUUUACCACGAGGGAUACGGAGCGGUUGUCGAGUCUGCGGCGGCAGCACGGCGUUGGGGACGCGGCAACGAUACGGGCGUGCAUGCCCAAUUCCACGCGCAUCUCUAAGCGGACACCGGGACCCACCAAUGACCGCGACAGCGAGAAUCAGCGAUCAGCGGUGGCGAUGAAUGAGGCUGAAGUGGAGGAGGCCAUCAUGUGCCUCGUUAUGGAGCUUCUCCAGCGACGUGCAACGCAGCCGUUCGAGGAGAAUGUGGAGCGCAAGGCCAUACAGCCAUCCUUUGAGGUGGUCGGCAUGGACAACUUCCGCUUGUCUCCCCCCUCCAAGAAACCGAAAUCCCGCCGUUCUGCUCGCGACAAUGUGGCACCGCUUUCGGUCUUUGAUGGCGGCAUGCAGGCCUUUGCGCCAGGAGAUGCCGAUGCGUCAGAGUCGCUCUACCACAGCAUUGUCACGGCCCUGCAGAAGUACGUCUCAUCGCACGUGGGGACGGCGUCACAGCGUGUGGGUUCUGGGCCUUUUCCACCAGCGAGUCUGCACUUUGCGUGGGUUCUCCAACUUGACCUGCUUGCGGUGUGCAUGCAGGCACUUGAGAGCCGAUUUGCCGGAGACCGUGCCGGGACGAAAGGUGGUGCGCCUGUGUGGUUGCAGUACGAGGGCCCGCGUGAAGCGGAGUCACUAGCGCGCAACGCGGUUCACUGCCUUCCGUUUGAGGCAAUUCACGCGAAGUCACACGCGAAGCCGGUGUUCAGGCUAGAGUACUGGGUGACAAAGGACAAGAUGUGGACCGUGGCAGAAGCGCUCCUCACCUCGAUUCGUGCGGGCAUCGUGGCGCGCUCCGAUGGCUACCGCAUGUUCAACCGCGGAGACGACAAUGAUGAUGCGGGCGUCGAUCCCACAACGCUGUUCCCCACGCGUGUGCCGCUCUUCUCGUUGCGCCCGACUGACUCUACGGGGGCGCGGUGCGAUGAUGAUGGUGAUGGAAGUCCCACUGCCAAGAGUGUGUCAGCGUCGCACAAGCAGAAACGACACCAAAAACAGGGGGGAGAGGAAGACAAGGAGGAGGACGGCCCGUGUGCCGAUUAUUAUCAUAUAGAGUCCGCAGCGCUUGAUUCCCUCGCACACGCGGUGUCAACAGCUGGUACAGAGCUGCUUGAGGCGGACAGUCGUGCGGGGGGUAAGAACUAUGCACAGAACUACCGGGACGCUACACGUGCCGUGUCCGAGGCGGUGUGUGAGCUGCUGGGCGAUGUGGGCAUCCGUGCUGCCGUUCAGCGCCGCGCCAAGGCGAAGAUGGCGGAGUUGGCGCAGCGCCGGGAGACGGAUAAGACGUGGAGUCAGCAAGAGAGGGAGCGCUCUAUAAUUGAGGCUGCGGAGGCGGAGGCGGAGCGGGUGGUGCAGAGGAUCUUGCAAGAGAUAAAAGUUGAGGAGGCUAGAGCGACGUGA